AUGUCAGCUGCAAAAAUAAAUCCAACUUAUCAUGGAUAUGUUGGAUCAACUAAAGAUGCAUUAUUAAUUAUUCAAGAAGCAUUAGAUAAAAAAUUAGAAUUAGUUUCUAGAAGACCUCAUGAAAGAGAACGACAAGAAUUAAUAAAAUCAGGAAAUGUUUUUGUAUUUAUUGAAGAACAAUCAGGUAUAAAAAGAUGGACUGAUGGUACAGCUUGGUCACCUUCUAGAAUCUUGGGAAGAUUUUUGGUUUAUAGAGAAUUAGAUAAAAAUUCAUUAGAUGAUAAAGAUGAUAAAAAGAAGAAAAAAAGAAAAAUAAGUAACAAUAAUAAUUAUAAUGAUGAAAAUACUAAUAAUUUGCAACCACCACCACCACAACAUCAACAACAACAAUAUUCAAAUCACAACCAAAAUCAAACUUUAGGAAUAAUACCACCAAAUACAAUUCCAGCAUCAAAUAGUUAUAGUAGUUCUGAUUAUAACAAAGGUUUAUUAAGUGGUCCAUUAGUUACAUCAUAUGUUUUUAAAGAUCAAGGAUUAAUUAAAAAAACUUUAUCAUUAACUACAAAAACAAGAGAUUUACACCUUAAUAAGCUAAAUGAACAACAAACUAUACAUUUAAUAAGUUAUUAUAAUGCACAAGAAGUAAUGAAUGGUAAAUUACAAAGACCUUCAGAAUAUGAUUUAAUUAAUAUAAAUCUUUCUCAAAAUUUAUGGAAUGCAGUAAAAGAUAGUUCUUUAGGUGGGAAAAUUCCAAAUGAAGAUGAAGCAUUUUAUUUUCUUGAUGGUAAUUAUCAAUUACAAAAUAUGUCACAUUUACAACAACAACAACAACAAGCUAAUCAACAUCCACCAUUAAAUCAUCAAGUUCAACAACAUUCAUUACAAUCUCCUCAACAACAACAAGUACAAGAAAGAUUAGGAUAUCCAAAAUAUAAUAAUGGUGCUCCAAUACAACAACAAUAUAUGCCAAUAUCAGAUCAUCAUAAAAGAGAAGAAGAACAAAAUAAUAAUAAUGGAGAAACUACAUUUUUAAAUCCUUUCAGUGGUUCACAACAUCAAGUACCUACUGUUGGAUAUGUAAAUAACUAUAAUAAUCAACAACCAAAAUCAAAAAAUCAACCUUCAUUAGAUCAACCUUUCAAUCAUAUUCCACAAUAUAAUUCAUACGUACAGCAACAACCGCAACCACAACAACAAAAUCAAUUAAAUUCCAACCCACAAGAGUUAUAUCCAUCACAUUAUCAUAAUAUGAGUCCACAACAAUAUAAUAAUCAUCAACAACAAGCAAAUUCAACUCCUUCAAAUGUAGGCUUACCACAACCACCACAAUACUCAAAUUAUCCAUACAACAAUAGUAAUGAUCCAUAUUCAAACUACAAUAAUAAUUCAAUAUAUCAUAAUUCUAUACCAUCAUCUAAUUCUAUUCCAUCAUCUAAUCAAACAAGUUUAUCAAGUAUUCCAACUACAAAUUCAAGUAUAUCUUCUAAUAAUUCAAGAAAUUUAAGUCAAAUUACAGGUAAUACUAGCGCAACAAAUUCAUUGAGUUCAGGAAAAUUACCAACAACAAAGUCUACUAAAAAUAACAAUCAACAACAAUGGAUAAAUAACAAUAAUAAUAAUGAAAAUCAACCACCACCGCCACCACCCCAACAGCAAAAUUCAAUAACUUCAAUUAAUUCCCAGAAUAAUGAAUAUGAACCAAAUUCAAAUUCUUCAAGUGCUUCAAUAAUUCCAACUAUUGGUCCAAAUAACAACACAACAAAUAAUCAACAAUAUAUUCAUGGUUCUUAUCCUCAACAACAACAACAACAAUCUUAUUAUAACAUGCAUCAAUUACAUCAACAUCAACAACAACCACAGCAAAAAUGGAACUCAACUAAUCCAACCAAUUCAAGUGGCGCUACAAAUACAGUGACUAGUGUAGGUGGUCAAAACAAUGAUGAUUAA